CUGGACUACACCAAUGCCCGCAUCCUUGCACCCAUGGUCCGGAUUGGCACACUGCCGAUACGACUCAUGGCGCUCGAAUAUGGAGCUGACUUGGUCUAUACACCCGAGGUAGUUGACAAAGGCAUCGUUGGAGCCGAGAGAGUUGUUAAUGAGGACAAUGGGACCAUCGACUAUCUUGUCAAGGGAGUUUCAGUUUUCAGGACACAUCCGAUCGAAAAAUCUAAGCUUGUUUUUCAGAUUGGAUCUGCGAAUGCAGAUCUGGCGCUCGAGGCUGCCCUCACAGUGGCGCAGGAUGUCUCGACGAUUGAUCUGAACUGCGGGUGUCCUAAACGGUUCUCGAUCCAUGGUGGAAUGGGCGCAGCACUCAUGGAGGAGCCCGAAAAGCUCUGUGGCAUCCUCCGCAAAUUAGUCCAACAUUCUGGCCUUCCAGUCACCUGCAAGAUCCGUAUCUUCCCCGACCGCGAAAAGACCCUGAAGCUCGUCAAAAUGAUCGAGGCCACAGGGAUCAAGGCCCUGGCGGUCCACUGCCGGUACAGGGACGAACGGCCACGCGAGCCUGGCCAUUGGGAUCGGUUCCAGGAGAUCGUUGAGGCGGUUUCAAUCCCGGUGAUUGCGAAUGGGGAUGUGGUUGAGUACAGUCAGCUGGGUAAGUUGCAGGAACUGGCGGGAGUGACUGCAGUGAUGUAUGCUAGGAAGGCGGAGGCGAAUGUGUCGAUCUUCCGGAAAGAGGGACCGUUGCCGUUGAUGGAUAUUGUGCGACAGUAUCUUCGCAAGUGCAUUACAUUGCGCAAUCACCAUUCCAACACGAAAUAUGUGCUGAUGCAGAUGUUUGUUGAGGACACAAAGUCGCCUCAUUACCGCCCACUUUGCGAGGCCAAGAGCUUCCGUGCGGUG